UUUUAUUGUUAUUAACAAUUGAAUUGUUUUUUGUUGCUUUUUUAUUUUUUUUGAUUCAAUCAAUUUUAUCAUGUUUGGAAGAUUCUAUUGUAUUCAGUACUGUGACUCUAGAGUCCAGUAUUGUGUCUCUUCGCGAACAAGGAGAAGAAAAGUGUCAGGUGUUUUAAGAGAACACGAAGGCUUGUGUAAUAAUAUUAAGUGAAGUGUGUUGCGAUCAUGGUUUGAGUAGGUGCCAGAUCAAGUAGUGUAAAUAAACUGUAGGAUGUUGUGAGUGCAAAAAAGGAGUUUGGGGGGGAGAAAGGAAGAAAAAAAAAAACGAUGGCAAAAAAGCAUAAACAAGUGAACUAAAAAAAUCUCGAUCAAAAUCCAAAGCUCGGUGCUGGAGGAAAAAGUUGAGUGACCAAAGAGUAUACGACAACGGGUGUCGAUGGUGGAGGGGGGUAAAAAUCAGAGGGAACAUCACCGCAGGCGGAAACGGAAGUUUGAAGAUCCAAAAGAGAGGACCAUAAAACUGGCGUCGCGUGACCACGAAUCCCGCGGGACUCGGACCCGUCGACGGACCAAUGGCGGAUCACUGUCAAGUCGUGGUAGCGCCACUAGUAUGCAAUGUGGUCUAUGUGCUGUAUUAGCAAGUCUCUUUAGACGUGCAAUGUGCAUUGCCGGAAGCCGACGUGGAUCUGGUGAAUCUUGUUAUCAAGAACUUGCUACGGAAAUGCAACAGACUCAUGUGAUGCAACCUGAUGAACCGGAAGUUACACCUUGUGAUAUUAUCGUUGCCCCUGACAGCCCGACACCGAAGAAAAUUAUGCUCAAAAGUGUUCGGGAGGUUCAAGAGACUUCAAGUGCUGAAAUAACUGUUGACAAUGCUGAACAAAAUGCCGUGUUUGUCAGAAUAUCUGAGGAAGCCGCGUUACCAUCAUCAGGUAAUUCACCAGUGGCAUCAGCAAAUAUGUCAUCCGGUGAUGAACCAGAAAUUCUUCAAAGACGUCAUUCAGAAACUGAUCAAAUACUCUUGGAUAACUUGGACAUUGAGAAAACUCGGACAAGACAUACUGGCCGAUUUCUUACUAUGCACAAAAGAAGGCGUAAGAAACUUACUACCAGGUCAUUAAGUCAAGAACCAGGUCUCUUGGAUGAUAUUUUUCACGGACAAGUGCAGUGCGUUCUGCAGAGGGCCGGUCACUGGCGUUUCAACGCUUUCACCCUGGAGACUGUAUCAGGAGGUCGUUCACUACCAGUAUUAUGCGUCCAUUUGUUCCAAUGGUACGGACUUCUCCAACACUUCAAUCUGGAUGUCGUGAGGGUGUGGAAAUUGUUCGCUCUAAUCGAAGAAGGCUAUCACAGUACAAAUCCCUACCACAACAGCAUUCAUGCAACAGACGUGACACAGGCCAUGCAUUGUUUCCUCCAGGAAGAAAAGAUAAAAAAGCAUAUUAACAGCUUGGAAAUAAUGGCAUCGCUCAUAGCAGCAGUUACUCAUGAUUUAGAUCAUCCAGGAGUCAACCAGCCAUUUUUAGUUGCUACUAGUAAUCAUUUAGCAACACUUUAUGAGAACACUUCAGUGCUGGAAAAUCACCACUGGAGAUCAGCAAUAGGUUGCUUACUGGAAAGUGGAGUUUACGAGCAACUUUCUCCAGAUUUGCGACCUGAACUUCAGCAAUAUAUAAGCUCGUUAAUUCUCGCCACAGAUAUAACUCGACAGCAGGAAUUUCUAUCACGUUUUAAAAAUUACUUGGAUAAAAACCUAUUGGACAUGAAAAUCGCAGAGAAUCGCCAUUUCAUUCUUCAAAUAGCUCUUAAAUGUGCCGACAUUUCAAAUCCAUGUAGACCUUGGGACAUAUCGAGAAAAUGGUCGAAUAAAGUUUGUGAGGAAUUUUUUAGACAAGGUGAUUACGAGCGACAAUUAAAUCUUCCAGUGACACCACUAUGUGAUCGUUAUACCAUAAGUAUUCCUAAAAUCCAAGUAGGAUUUUUUGAAUUUGUGGUAACACCUUUAUACCAAGAAUGGUAUAGAUUUCUGGGUGAUGGUUUAAGUGUGACAUUGAUGGAUCACUUAAGAGCAAAUCAAAAGCGAUGGGAGGAGUUGAUAACACAAGAGAACAUUGAGGAUGCCAAGACAGAGAUGUCGGAUUUGGAAGAAGCUAAAGACACGAUAAGUAGUGAUGAGGAAGUUGAAGGAAUGCAAGCGGAAGACUCAAGCAGUGAUGUAUUACUUCCAGAGCCAGCAGGUCCAUCAACAUCAUCAACAUCCCGCCGAUCAAGUCUACCAGUUCAAAUAUCUAUUCAGCUAAGUGGAAGAAGACACUCGGUGCCUGCUAACAUGUUAAAAAUAUUACCAUCACCGCGAGCACAUCGUCGGGAAAGCAUUCCUGCUGAUGACAAGACCAAGCAGUCACUUUUAAAACGUGAUAGCCUCAAUAAAUUGAGCUCCCUAUCGCUAUUGUCAUCUAGAAGUAGUCUGAUCGAUUCUGCGGUGAAUGAUAGCUCUGGAGAGCGACCAGUGAGUGCAGAGAAUCUCCUACCUGAACCUAGCAUCGCCAGCAUCACUUCUAGUGUCAAAGCUUCAAGGCUAUGCUGUGUUUUGCAACCUGAAUGCCGUACUACUAACAAGCAGUUGACUCGACAGCAGACAUUCCCACCAUUACAACCUUACGCGAGGACGAGAUACAUGUCUACAACUGCUGAAAUGUCUAAAUGUCGAACUGAUACCUUAAUGGAGGCUGAGAGUCCAUCUAGUUCAAUCUCCAGUCCAUCUAGGGAUAAAUCAAGAAACUCUGAAGACUCAGGACGUAGAGAAAGAAAAAUUAGCACUAGGUCUUAUACAAUAACUGACUCAGUAUCUAAAAGAAGAGAAUCAUCGUUUGAAAAUCGGCUGCAUGUUGAACCAAACUACGUUGCUGAAGGUCUAAGACGUCAUUCGAUUCAGUAUACACGUACUGACGAUUCAAUUGGUAAAGGUAUUAAACAUAAGAGACCGUCUAGUGCUCAAGAUGCUGAUCCUGCGCAGAUAUUUUAUGCUACGCUUACUGGAAGUAUUGGUGUAAAGCAAAAAUCAAUGGAAAGUGAUUCAGCAGCUACAUAUGCUAGUUCUAGAUCAGUUUCUAGAUCAAAUUCUGAUCAAAAGUGGAUGCCAGAUCCAAUGCUCAAGGUAUCUGAUGCUGAAGAAUCAACUAAGAUCCAUGAAAAUCGACGAUUUUCAUCUUCAGCUACUGAAACUAAAAUUGUUAUGACUGAUAGUAGUGGCAGAAGAUUUACUACUAUUCCUGUGGCUUCUGAAUUACCUUCUCCCAAAGUUUUCUUUAUUGGAAGUCCUCCAGAGUCACCACCCAGACUUAAAAGUGUGUCUUCCGGCAGUGAUAGCAGUAGCGAGAUAAGAAAGAACAUUGGAGAGAGCUUGGAGGGUAUUUCAAUGACUGUUAAGAGAGACUCAGAGGUAUUUAAAUGUAAAAGCUCUAAGAUUCCUAAACUGGAAGAUAGCAAAAUGAAAGAGAAUGUUGAUCCUAGAGGUAUUGAAGAUUCGAGUAAAAAUGUUGGAACUACUAGACGCACAAGUCAGAGUUGGGCAAGAAGGCGAGGCUCAGCGCCAGUGAGUUUGAUGUCAAGAUUGGAUGACGGACCAUUAGUAGUUUCAAGAGGAGAUCAUAGACGUGGAUCAGUUCCUACAGACAUCAGCGAGCAUCAAGGUGGAUCACUGAGAUCAGCUUUAGGACCUAGAGAAGAAAAUUUACCAUCACCAAGACGUGCUAGUCUUCCUCAAGAAACAGCUUUCAGCAGUAUAGGUGUUUUAACUGAUGAACGUCAAAAUUAUUCAUUAAAUAACAACAACAAUAACAACAUCGCAGGAAGCAAUAAUAAUAACACAAGCAUCCGAAUAGCUGAAAAUAUCUCUGGAAUGCCAUCACCAAGACGUGGAAGUGUUCCAGCGGACAUUUCUGAGCUUAGACGUGAUUUAUUUGGCCGCAGUAGUGUCAACGGUAAGACGAGGAAUCGUAAAAAGACAUUAAGAAGACGAAGCAGUGGAGGUCCUGAAAUGUUUGCUGGUAGAACUGAUGACGACAGUGGAAAAUGGACCACUUGGAGACGAGAUCUGUAUAAAAGAGACUCUAUUCCUGAACCAAAUGUCAAGAGACGUGGGUCUCUCCCUGUUGAAAUGGUUUCUGUGUUUCAUUCUGGAAGUGGAGGAGGGCCACGAAGAUCAAGUUUGUGGAGGUUUUAACACUAAUAAUUGAUCAUUAAAAAUUCAAACUUUAUCAAUUAACAACGAGAGAAUGGAAUCAGCAGUGGUUUAUAUGUAUGAACAAAUUCACCAAAAAAAAACAUCAAAUUAAUGAUAAUUGAUGACUGUUAACGGUAUUAUAAAUUAAUUUAUUUAAAUUUUUAAUUAAGUAUUAUUACAUCGAUUGUAUAAUUUUAGUGAGCCGAUAAAUCAGAAAUAAAAUUAAUCGAUUACUUAAUCGAUCUGUUUAUCGAUUAGUUAAAAAAAUUUUUAAGUAUCUUUUACUGUCUUCCGAAGAAUUAAAAAUUCUUACGGAGUAAAAAAUACGCCAAAUUAGUGCCAUAAAUGAUGAUAAUUUUAAAAAAAAUUUGAAUUUUUUAUUAAUUAAAUAAUAAAGAAUAAAAGAAAGAAGCAGUUUAGAUGUAAAUUUUGAAUAAACAAAAAAAUGGCUCGAAAAGUUAAUUUAUUGAAUAAUAAUGAAAACAAAGUAAACAAGUAAUUGAUAGUAACAUAAUUUUUUUUUAUUUGUUAUUAAAUUUAUUAAUUGAAAACGAAUUAAUAUGAAAAAACAGGGUUUUUAAUCAUGACUUUAACUGGCUAUUAAUUAACAAAAUAAUCAAUCGAUAAUUAAUAAAUUAUUAAAUAAAAAUAAUAAACAUUGAAAAAGUUUAAAAAAUACUUAAACAAGUUUUACGAGAGAAGGAAUAAAGACUGUAUAGACAAACAGAAAAAAAAAAUUAAAAAUUUAAUAUAAAAAAAAUUAAAAACAAAAAUAAUGAAAAAAUGCAACUGUGAAUUUUAGAGCGUAGAUUAUAUAAUCAAUAAAUGACAAUGCAAAAUGGAAUAAAUAAUACAAGAAAUGUUUGAUCUGAAAUUUUUGCUCACAUAAAAAAAAAAAAUAAUAAACAAAGAUGAUGGAGCUGACAAAAUACAAUAAAGAGAAGAGUUAUUGCGUGACAGAAAAAAAUUGUAGCAAAAAAUGACAUGAAGUUAAUAACAAGUUAAUUAAAUGUAAAGAGAAAAAAGGUAUGGAUUAAUUAAAAAGAGUAAAACAUUCCAUAAAUAGCAGAGAAGAAUUUAGUAAUUCAAGUAAUUGAAAAUCAUUAAUAGAACAAUAAACAAAUACUUGUAAUUAUUAGUACAAGUAAUUGUGUCAUAAAAAAUUAAUUAUUUAGAAGAAUUCUUGCACAAACAAGGAUUUUAAAUAUUUAAUAACAACAUUAAGAAAUGAGAAUCUCUGUCAGGAUAUGACAUUUUUAAAUUAAAUCUAAAUUAAUAUAAUUUUUGUCGUCAUUUAUUCUCAUAGAAAUUCGAUUAAAGCUAAAGAUAAAAAAUUUUUUGUCAUUAUUAAAGUUAAAAAAUCAAAUGAAACUUUAAUUUUAUUUCCAUUAAUUAUUAUUUUCAUAUCUCUAGUGGAUUUGAGUCUACAUUAAAAGGCGAUUUGUAAACCGAAAAUGGUAGUGUGGCAUUAAAAAAAUGUCUUAAUCAAGGAUUUAUUUAAACUAAUUGAAACCGAGUAUUAUUUAUUGCAGUAUUUAUUUAUUUAUUCCCUUCUGGAUAAUAAUAAAAAUUAUUUUAAAAAAUAAAAUCAUUCACUUUUAAAAUUUGUAACAUAAAUCAUGCAUUCUACCAUUAAGCCACCGAUGAACUCAUAGGAAAGUCUCAUGACUUUACUCAAAUUUUAUCAUUUUUAAAUCACAUGAUUUAAAAAAGUUUCAAAAUUUGAUUAAACUAAAAUCUAUUUAUCAGCAUAACUUCAUCAAAGUAUGUUACCGUAAAUACACAUAAAUGUGUUCAAUGUUAAACCCCAUAAACAGUCUAUAGAUUUUAACAUACUUUGGAGUGUGUAUAAAACGACCACAAGGCUCUCUAGUUUGCAAAUACUAAUUUAACAUUGAAACACUUAAAGUGUAUUAUUUAAACACACUCCAGAUGUACAAAUGUAGAUCUACUUCAAUUUACAGGAUUUAAAGAAAAUUAAAUCUAAAGGUUUAUACAUACUUUGCAUGAUGAUGUUAUGUAUAUUUACAGAGAUCUCGAUUGAUUUGGUAGAUAAACAAAUUUUAUACACAUACGAGAUCAAAGCAGAUGGAUGCAGAUCAAAGUGAAUCUAUGUUAAUCUGCAUAGAUCUAAUUUUUUUUUCCGAUCUGUUUCAAUUCAGUUCAAUCAAUCUGGAUCCAACUGAUCUGAAUGAAUUGAUAAAAUGGACAUUUAAUUAGAUUUUAUCUUAUUUUGAUAAUUUAUUCUCAGAGAUUACAAAUCUACAUUAAAUUCAAAAUAAUUUCAUCAAAUAAAAAUCACUGAUUGUGCAAUAAUCUUUCAAAUUGUUUAUUAUUCGAUAUAAAAAUCAAGUCACAGUUAGUAUGAUGCUCAUUUAUGUCGCGAUUGAUAUUCAAAGUAUGCUAAAAAAAUAAUAACACUGAUGAAUAAAUGUAAUCUGGCGUAUAUUGUAAUUUAAGAUAAUGACAUUAUUCAUAAACUAAUGAAUGAAUUACACAUACACACAAUAACAAAAGCAUUAAAUAGCCAGGUAGAUGAUAAAUAAUCGUGUUGAUCGUUGUAGAGGAAAACAAAAUAUCAAUUAAUAUUAUUAAUCCACAAUUAAUGAAUAAUUAAUGAACAAUGAACAACACAUAAUUGGUGAUGAAUAAUAACUGAUUAAUAAACAAUUAAUGACCUAUAAUUAUAAAGUUAAUAAUAAAAAUAAUAUAUAUAACAUUGACGAAAAGACAGUUUAUUAACGAAAAUAAUGUUAUACAUUAAUCAAUAUAAAUCAAAAAUAUUGUCAUUGACGUGCUCAUAAUCAUUAUGAAUAUUAAUUAAUUUUUUUAUUAACAAUUAGUUGGUUGUAAGAAAUCAAUAUGACACCUCAACGAUAUAUGGGGGCUUAUAAAAUAGUAUUAUUAAGUAUAACUAUUAAAUGAUUAACAAAAAUUCAAUAAUUAACGUUAAUACGAUAAUUAAUUAAUGCUGAUUAAUUAAUUAAAUCCAUCAAUGUUUUAUGAUUGAUGAAAAAUCGAUGAAUUAGGGUUUAAUUUUGACAUUUUAAAAAUAAACGAAGCUCAUAAGUAAUUAGUUAUUGACAAUUGAAAGUAAUUUAUUAAUUAAUCACCAUUAAUUAAAUAAUUAACGUUAUAAAACUGUCUUUUUCUCUCUAAAAAUGGAUGUUUCUACUUAAACAAUAAUA